AUGCCAGAGCAAAGCAGAGUAAAUAUUAUGGGACAAUGGCAUGAUGACAAUGGAACUGAAGAUAGUGUUCAUCGAGACAAAAGUCAUUUUGCUAAAAGACAAAAUCAUAGUACUUUUGACUUACGUGGAAAAACGGUGAAAUCAAUUUUAACAUUAAUCAAUCAGAGAAGACGAUGUGAAAUAAAGAACGCUGUCCAGUUUAAUAGAAAUGAGGAACUCUUUCCCCAUGCUAACUCUGAGCAGUUUCCUACUGAAUUUAAAUCUCCUGAUUGUCAGAACUUCAACAACACAAAGUCCCGACUUACGAAGCACCAGGAAAGUCUCAAGGCAGAGAAAGCGCAUGUGUGUAGUGAAUGUGGGAAAGCCUUCUUCUGGAAGUCUGUGCUCAUGAACCAUCAGAUGCUACACACAGGAGAGAAACCCCAUCGAUGCAGUCUGUGUGGGAAAGCUUUCUCCAAAAAGUACUUGCUCACGGAGCAUCAGAAAGCGCACACUGUAGAUAAACCUUAUAAAAGCACAGAAUAUGGCAAAGAGUUUGCCAUGAAAUCCAAGCUCAACAUGCAUCAGAAAAUUCAUAAAGUAGAAAAACCCCAUCGCUGUGGUCUGUGUGGGAAAGCCUUCUCCCGGAAGCACAUGCUAGCUAACCACCAGAAAGCUCACACGGGAGAAAAACCUUAUGAAUGCCGGAAAUGUGGGAAAUUGUUUAUCACAAAAGCAGGGCUUAAUAUGCACCAGAAAACGCACACGGGAGAGAAGCCCUGUGCAUGCAGUGAGUGUGGAAAAUGCUUCAGCCGCGAGUUAAGUCUUAUUGCCCAUCAGCGAAUUCACAGACAGUUGUCCUAUGAAGAUACCGACUGUGACAAAGUCCUUAAGACGUCAUGCCUCGAUAUGCAUCAGAGAACUCAUAAAACAGAGAGAGAUUUUCAAUGCAGGCCAGGAAACCAGACAGCCUUCCGUACGGCAGAUAUUCAAAUAUGGUCGGCUCCAGGGAGUCCUAACGUGGGCGCAGACAUAUUGCCUCCUAAGACAAUGCCGGAAAUCCUGUUGUUUGCGCUCCUUCGAAGUUUUCUGACCCUCGCCAGAUGCCGUAGCCGGUCGAAGGUUCCGGGCUAA